UUGUUUUCACCCCGAGAGGAAGGACCUUUACCGUUCACACUUGCAGCUGUGAAACGGUUAUAACAUUUCGUUCACAGCUGGUCCGUUUCUUCGCAGCACCUUUCUUGCUCGCCAUGGCUCUGUGCGGGGGUGUUGGAGCCAUGGCUUUGCCCAGCGAGCUUAUCGUCCAUAUAUUCUCCUUUCUGUCCGACCGAGACAAGCUCCGGGCCUCGGCCGUGUGUUCGCGAUGGAGGGAGUGUCUCUUUUACCCCGCGCUGUGGACCGAGCUCAAACUGCGGAUAGGCGAUGGAUGUAAUGGCGGCGGCCCUGGCUCGGAGGAGACCCUACGGCUGGAGUUCCUCAUGCGGAAGUUUGGUUCUUAUGUGCGUGAGCUGCAGCUGGAACUCGCACCCAUUGAAAGCUACGUCAGCUCCCUGAACAACGAGCCGUCAGCCGCUCGCACGGACCAGUCUCCUGCACCCGGCAGCGACCCGCAGGUCCCCAACCGAUGGAAGGACGCCAUGGCCACCUACUUGGACCAGGUGCUGUGUGUGUUUACUGGCAUCCACAACAACAGAAACCUGCAGAAGCUGAGUCUGUACGGAGACACCUGUAUUCUCCAGCAGGAGGGACUGUUGGACAGCCCCAACCGGCACCAAAUUCCCCAGGGGGACAAAAAGAUCAACGAAAUCCAGCAGUUGUUCAUGGAGUUGCUGUCAAACAGCCGGCAGCUCAGGUGGUUGUCCUGCAGUUUCAUGCUGGGCUUGGUGACUCCCUGCUCAUUACCGUACCUGUCAAAUCGUUCUGCUGAGACCCUGCAGCACCUCAGUUUACUGGAACACCAGUUAGGUCCUCUCAUCUCACCAUCAGAGAUGGACCGGCUCUCUAACCUUACUUCUUUGGGUCUGGAUUUCUCUGACUUGACAUCUGAGCUUUGUGGUCUGCUGGCAUCUCCACGCCGAACUCCACUGCACCGCCUCUCCUUGCUGCUCAACGGUGCCGCUCUGGAGUUCAAACCAUUAGAUGGGACAGCUACAGAGGACAAUUGGAAGGCGCUGGUUCGUGUGAGUGCCAACCUGCGAGUGUACAUCAUGGCCCUGGAGGUUGACAGCUCCGUGCUCCUCAGGGUCCUAAAACCCAGCCUUCCCCUGGAGCGCCUCCACUUGGACAGUUACAGCACUCUGGUGACUGAUGCCACAUUGGAGCUCAUCUCUCAGCAGUAUAACAAAACGCUGACUCACUUCCUGCUCCUGAGGGAUGACCCUGACCUCCCUGACCUCAGUGUCAAUCGCAAUGAAGACCCAUUGGUCCUUUUAGCAUGGCGGUGCACUCGGCUAGCUGUUCUAGUGAUACAUGGUUACACUGUGUGGUCUCACAACUUGGUGGCCAUCUCUCGGCUCAGAGGCUCCAGUCUCCGCGUCCUCGGCGUCUCUGAGGAGAGCAUCGACUUUGACCCUGACCAGUUGGUGUGCAUGGAAGGGGACCCGGGCCAUAACUUGAUCAAGGAGGUCUCGCUGGGCCUGGGACGAGUCUGGCGCCCUUGCCUGGAUUCUAGCCUGAUUUUGCCUGAACCCUCCCAGCACUUCCAUCGCGAGCUGCACACCUUCAGCAUGGGCAUGUAGGCAAGGAUGGCAAUUCCAGCUCUUCACAGCCUAAGGUGUUGUCAAGACCAGGCCAGACCCAAGCAGGCCACAUCAGCUCAGGCCUCUGAACCAAAGGCCAAAAGAGCCAGACCCAAGUGAGAAACCUAAACUGAAUCUAUAAAGUAAAUUCGUGUGAGCUGGUUUUUGAUUGGGAAUUAAUUUUUAGUUCAUUUGUCUGUGUUUCUUUCAUUGGGUCUUUUAGUACACAAUCAAUGUUUUUCCAGCAGAUUUAAUGUCAGGCAUCUUGAUUAGUUGUUUCGCUGACAUCUUAUUUUUUUAUUGAAUAGAUUAAAUUUAAUAAUAAUAAACAAAACUUAAAUAUUCUUAAAGUCCCAUAUUCAGCUUGAAUGAGUCCGACUGAUCUUUUAGCACUGAUCUCUAGCCUCUUGUGUGGCACGGUCCAGUCUGGUCUGGUCUUGCUGACAACUAUAUAGAGCUUGAUGUCUCUUCUUCACUUUAAUAACCUCCAGAGCCUCUGUAUAAUGUUGAUUUUUUUUUUUCUUUUUCUUUUUUUUUUUCUUUUCUUUUUUUUUAUUUAACUGUUUUCCCCAUCUCUCAUCGCAGUGUAUAAUCUUGAUUUUUCUUCUGUGGGCGUUACCGUGUUGCCUGUAUAGGCUUUGUGUGUAUUUAAAUCUAGAUAUAAUAUUAUCCUGCUCACAGCUAGAACAGGCAGGCUGAGCGAUGAGAGGUGGGAUUUUGGGGCAAUGUGUGUACUCGGACACAAGCGAAUAGCUGUAGUUUUCUUUUGUUUUUUUUGUUUUUUUUCUAACCCUUUGCCCUUUUGACCAUCUGUCUCCCCCCACUCCAGCAAAGGUUAGAGAUGUUAAACUGAACGGUCGAUCACAUGUUGUGUAAAGCAACCAUUACUACUUCUCUUGCUUUGAAAGAGCACCUUGUGCGGUUGUCCACUAGUACCAGAGCCUUGCCAGCAAGGUGGGAAUCCCCACAACAAAAUGGCUGACAGUGGCUGGUGCUUAUUAGUUUUAUUGCAGUUGCAGCAACAGCCAUGUCAGUGCCAUGACUCAGAACAUCCUUGUUGAGAGAUAAGUGGUUUUAUUCAGGCCUUUGAGCACCUUGCUGUUGGUGUAAUGGAGAAUAUUGUUACAUACUUGCCACCAAUACACUGAACCCCGUGCUCACUUCUCAACAUGUUUGAAAAAAACGCUGCUAGUUGACUGAAAAGGGAGCCUCGUCCCCUAACGGAGCCAAACUAUGAAUAUUCAGCCUGUUACAGUACAAUACACUCCUACUGUGUUCUCGUCUGACCUGUGGUGAGCUGGUCAUAAAUUAUUGCAUUUUAUUUUUUUUUUCCUGUAAUCAGCAGAAAUAUCGCUGCUUUGUUCUCCUCAAGUGUUCUAGCCGGUAUCACAGGUGGUUCCAGAGGCCCUUUGUAUGAAAGUGUCCCAAGUCAUCAAGUCAAAUCUCGAAAAGUUCAGGGAUGUGUGUGAAAAUACAAAGGGCUCUGAGGUCAAAUAUACCUUUAAGCAGGUCUUUAUUAUUUUUUAAAGAGAGCGGAAAUGGCGCAUCAUUCCAUGAUGACAUACGUACAGUUUAUCUGUGUUUUGAGAUACCUCUGCGACUACUUUCAAAGGCCAUGCUCGAACAACACCAGUAGCCUGUAUGCACCACUUCCAAAGGUGGCAGAAGCCAGCAUCAAUUUAUGUAGGAAAACCGCGGUGGAGUUCAUGAUUAAGAAACAGGGAAAUGAAAGGAAGAGAAACACUGAAUGUAACUUAACUUUCAUUUAAGAUGGCCAGUUGUCUU